CAAACACACAACCCCGACUUCACACUUCGCUGCCAGAUGGAAGUCCACGAGUAGCACCGCUGAAUAAACCCCCAGUCUUGUUUUGCCUUUUUACCAUUUUAGAUUUUCUUCGCUGCCAACAUUUUUUUAAAUCCGAGUGGAGAAACAUCGCAGUUACAAACUAAAUCUUAAAUCGAUGAAUAUUUAUCUUUCUAAAAACACUUUUCGCUCGACUUUAUUCCACAUGGAGAGAAAUGUACGCAUAAUCGCAGUUUAUUUAAUAUUUGCAUCUCUCAAUUUACGAGGUGUCGUCCAAACCUUCCUUUAUAAUAAUCGAUAUGGAGGAGAUCAAGUAAUUCGAUUAAUUCCAAAAGUUGAACAGCAUGUGGAAGCACUGAAGGACAUCAGUGAACAGGUCAAAGUGGAUUUAUGGCAACCUAGCAGUAUUGCUUCUAUUAAACUUGGUAGUGUUGUGGAUAUACAUGUACCCAGUAACAGUUCACAGCUGUUCUUUCAAUCGCUUCUGCAAACUGGCAUGACGUUUAAGAUCCUUGUUUCUGAUCUUCAAGAAUUAAUGGAGGAGCAAAGUGGCUCCUGUGCUCGCUGCCGCCGGUCUAAUCCUCUCUACAACUAUGAAGUCUAUCAUACUUUAGAAGAGAUACAAAAUUGGAUGCUUCAGAUGAAUCGAACCUAUUCGCAUCUUCUUUAUCUUUUCUCAAUCGGAAAAUCCUAUGAAGGACGACCCCUCUUUGUUUUUCAGUUAGGAAAGCGAUCACAUCCUAUCAAAAAGGCAGUGUGGAUAGAUUGUGGCAUUCAUGCUAGAGAAUGGAUUGGUCCAGCCUUUUGUCAAUGGUUUGUCAAAGAAGCUGUACAAAAAUAUCGCAGUGAUCCUGUAAUCCGAAAGCUUCUAAAUCAACUGUAUUUUUACGUCAUGCCUGUUUUUAAUGUAGACGGAUACCAUUACAGCUGGACAACUGAUAGAUUCUGGAGAAAAACACGUUCCAACAGUACUAAUUUCAGUUGCCGCGGUGUUGAUGCCAAUCGGAAUUGGAAGGUCAAGUGGUGCAGUGAAGGGGCAUCAUUGCAUCCUUGUGCUGAUACAUACUGUGGACCCAUGCCAGAAUCUGAACCAGAAGUGAAGGCUGUUGCAAACUUCUUGCGUAAAAACAAGAAACAAGUUAAAGCAUACAUUUCAUUCCAUUCAUAUUCACAGAUGAUUCUAUAUCCUUAUUCCUAUAGUGAAGCAAUCAUUCCUAACUUCAAUUGUGUGGAAUCAGCAGCAUACAAAGCAGUCAGUGCUAUUUACUCUGUGUAUAGUAUCAAGUACAAACAUGGGCCAGCAUCUAGCACCUUAUAUGUCACUUCCGGUAGUUCUAUCGAUUGGGCCUACAAACAUGGGAUUUCUUAUUCAUUUGCAUUUGAAUUGCGAGAUACAGGAUAUUAUGGAUUUUUGCUGCCAGAAUCUCUAAUUAAACCCACAUGUACAGAGACAACAUUAGCCAUAAAAAAUAUCACUAAUAAUCUCCUAAAAGAAUGUCCAUUGAAGUGAGGAACUAUUCAUAACCACACAACUUGAUAUUUUAAUUUUACAGUGUAAUUAUUUUUGCUUAAAUAAGUUAAAACAAAGAUUUACUUCUAUCCCUACAUUUUAUCUUUUUGUGCAAUCCGAUAGGGUACAAAUGUGUCACCAUACUACUCAGAUAUACAUUUCCUUCCUACACAUUUGAUUUGCUCCACUGCAAAAUCUCCUCAAGGAAUGUUUACUUUGAAGAAGUUCUCCACCUUUCUUGACGGGAGUUCAGAAACACCCUCUCUUGCUGCUCCCCCUCUGUGAUUACCUCUAGCUUUCCUCUCCUGACUCUCACUGAAGAAGGGGUUGACCUGAGAUGUCACCUAUUUCUUUUCUCCAGAGAUGCUGCCUGACCUGUUGAGUUACUCCAGCAUUUUGUGUCUGUCUUUGGCUUAAACCAGCAUCUGCAGUUCCUUUCUACACAUACUCAAAUACACUGUUGUAGCAAAGCAAAUGACUAUGACAUUCCAUGUAAAUGAAUAAUCAGGAAAUUCUAACAACUCUGGAACUGACGCUUUUAAGAUCACAUCUGAAUCAAUAAAGGCUUGCUACCACAGAAUUUCGAGGCAAUAAUUUUGAAUAAAGUUUCAAAGGUAUUUUAUUGUCACGUGUACCAAUUAAGGUACAGUGAAACUCGAUUUACCACAACCAUACUAGAAAAAAGCAACAAGACACACAACUACAUAAAAGUUAACAUAAACAUCCACCACAGCGGAUUCCCCACAUUCCUCACUGUGAUGGAAGGCAAUAAAAUCUAAUCUUCUUCACUCUUUAUUCUCUCGGCGUCGGGGCAAUCGAACCAUCCGCAGUCGGGGAGAUCGAAGCUCCCGCUGCCGGUGGUCGAAUUGGGUGGUUGAAACUCCUGUGGCCUGGAGCUCCCGAAGUCGAUCCCUAACCAAGGGACCACAAGCUCCACAAUGCAUGCUCCCCGCGGUUGGAGCUCUGAGGUUGAUCCCCGACAUGACCGCUGGCUCCACGAUGUUAAGCCCUGCAGGCGCCCACGGUUAGAGCUCCCAAAUUCGAUCCCCAGCAAGAGGCCACCAGCUCCUCGAUGUUGGGCUACAGUGUGGGCGGAGAUACGAUAUGGAAAAAAAUUGCAUCUCCGUCGAGGUAAGUUUCCCUCCACCCCCCACAUAAAACAAAGCUAAAGAAUACUAAAAUAUACAUUUAACACAUGCUAAAAACAACAAAGAGAGAAAAGGACGAGACAGACUGUUGGCGAGGCAGCCAUUGCAAUGUCACCUGGUGGUUGAUACUUCCUAUCAACUAUAACUAGGAAGGACACAAACAUCCUUGCCUACAAAUUGAAAUGCACCGAUUUUUGGAGUGCCAAUUGGGGGCUGCAUCCUGUGAUCUGCAGAAAUACACAGUAACAAAAUUAUUAGAUUGGUUGUCGCCCAUUAAAACUUUGUGUUGUGUUUAGUAACAGUUGCUGCAUGAAGCGAUGACGGUUGUCCUGCGUUUGUCGUGCUUAAUUAUGGGAAACCCAACAGACAAAGAAUCUCUUCCAUGGCAGCUGAAGAUCAACUAGAAAAUCAAGGCUGCCAAAGGAAGAGGUUAGAAAUAUAGAAAAAUACGUGCAGGAGUAGGUCAUUCGGCUGUUUGAGCCAGCACCACCAUUCAAUAUGACCAUGGCUGAUCUAAAAUCAGUACCCCGUUCUUGCUUUUUUCCCCAUAUCACUUGAUUCCUUUAGCCCUAAGAGCUAAAUCUAACUCUCGCUUGAAAACAUCCAGUGAAUUGGCCUCCAUUGACUUCUAUGGCAGAUAAUUCCACAGAUUCACAGAAGAUCUCCAAGUUUGCGGAUGACAAGAAGCUGGGGGGCUGUGAGGAGGAUGCUAGGCAGCUGCAAGGUGACUUGGAUAGGUUGGGUGAGUGGGCAAAUGCAUGGCAGAUGCAGUAUAAUGUGGAUAAAUGUGAGGUUAUCCACUUUGGUGGCAAAAACAGGAAAGCAGACUUUUAUCUAAAUGGUGGCUGAUUAGGAAAAGGGGAGAUGCAACGAGACCUGGGUGUCAUGGUACACCAGUCAUUGAAAGUAGGAAUGCAGGUGCAUCAGGCAGUGAAGAAAGCAAAUGGUAUGUUAGCAUUCAUAGCAAAAGGAUUUGAGUAUAAGAGCAGGGAGGUUCUACUACAGUUGUACAGGGUCUUGGUGAGACCACACCUGGAGUAUUGCGUACAGUUUUGGUCUCCUAAUCUGAGGAAAGACAUUCUUGCCAUAGAGGAAGUAACGAGAAGGUUCACCAGACUGAUUCCUGGGAUGGCAGGACUUUCAUAUGAAGAAAGACUGGAUAGACUUGGCUUGUACACGCUGGAAUUCAGAAGAUUGAGGGGGGAUCUUAUAGAAACUUACAAAAUUCUUAAGGGGUUGGACAGGCUAGAUGCAGGAAGAUUAUUCCCGAUGUUGGGAAAGUCCAGAACUAGGGGUCACAGUUUAAGGAUAAGAGGGAAGUCUUUUAGGACCGAGAUGAGAAAAUCAUUUUUUACACAGAGAGUGGUGAAUCUGUGGAAUUCUCUGCCACAGAAGGUAGUUGAGGUCAGUUCAUUGGCUAUAUUUAAGAGGGAGUUAGAUGUGGCCCUUGUGGCUAAAUGGAUCAGGGGGUAUGGAGAGAAGGCAGGGAUGGGAUACCGAGUUGGAUGAUCAGCCAUGAUCAUAUCGAAUGGCGGUGCAGGCUCGAAGGGCCGAAUGGCCUACUCCUGCACCUAUUUUCUAUGUUUCUAAGAUGUUUUUUCUGACCUCAAUCCUAAAUGGCCUACCCCUUAUUCUUAAACUGACCCCUGGUUCUGUGCUUCCCCCAACAUCGGAAACAUUUUUCCUGUAUCUAGCCUGUCCAAUCCUUUAAGAAUUUUAUAUGUUUCUAUGAGAUCCCCUCAUUGUUCUAAAUUCCAGCGAAUACAAGCUCAGUCGACCAUUCCUUCAUCAUACGUCAGUCCUGCCAUCCCGGGAAUUAACCUGGUGAACCUAUGCUGCACUCCACCAAUAGCAAUAAUGUCCUUCCUCAAAUUAGGAGACCAAAAUUGCACACAAUACUCCAGGUGUGGUCUCACCAGGGCCCUGUACAACUGCAGUAGGACCUCCUUGCUCCUAAACUCAAAUCAUCUCUCAAUGAAGGCCAACAUGCCAUUAGCUUUCUUCACUGCCUGCUGUACCUGCAUGCUUACUUUCAGUGACUGAUGUACAAACACAUCCAGGUCUCGUUGCACCUCCCCUUUUCCUAAUCUAACACCAUUCAGAUAAUAAUCUGACUUCCUGUUCUUGCCGCUAAAGUGAAUAACCUCACAUCUAUCCUUCAACAUCUGAUGGCCUUCUCAUGGUUAAACAUGGCAUGACAGGACAACUGUCAUCUCUUCAAGGAGAUGAGGUCAAUCAUGGUAGAGGGAACAGCGUUGCAUCCUCAACUAUGCCCCACAUGAUCAUCUGCCUGAUUGAGCCCAUGUCACUGUGGUAAAGAUUAAUCAAUCUGGGAAAGAUUGUACCAGCAUACACCAAAGUGCUCUGAACAUUAGGGGAAUGCACAGUAAUGCUUGUGCAUUUGUCUUGAAUGCUGAAAAAUAAGUCAGACCGAGGCUCUGAAGGGAACAUUGAUUUUCUCAAUGGGGACUCUUUAAUUCGCAUCUCUUCGCCAAACUGCCACAAAUUCGCACCUUGUUUUUUCAAAAGUGACAACUGCAAUGUAGUAAUUUGAAAAGUGGGCAUUGCAAAGAUGAUGGCAUCAGUCGAUGAAUAUCUCAUACUGGGAAAAUGUCAGA